AUAAUGAAUGGAUCCAAUGUGGCCAAUACAUCACCCAGUGUAAAAUCCAAAGAAGACCAGGGGAUAAAUGGGCAUGAUGAAAAGGAAAACCCAUUUGCAGAGUACAUGUGGAUGGAGAAUGAAGAGGAUUUCAACAGACAGGUGGAGGAGGAGCUGCAGGAGCAAGACUUCUUGGACCGCUGCUUCCAAGAGAUGCUGGAUGAAGAAGACCAGGACUGGUUUAUUCCAUCACGAGAUCUGCCUCAGGCCAUGGGACAGUUGCAACAACAGUUAAAUGGCCUUUCUGUCAGCGACAGUCAUGAUUCUGAAGAUAUUUUGAGCAAAAGUAACCUGAACCCAGAUGCCAAGGAGUUUAUUCCAGGAGUGAAGUACUGA